GUUAAUCUUAAUAAUCAUAUCUGAUCACGAUGUAUUUUAGUGAAGUCGAAUAUCAGUAAUAAUUAAGAGAGAAUCUACCGGCCACAUAUCUACUGUAAUGCUCACUAAUUCUUUGGUUCUGUACUAAAUAAUAAAUUAGGUCGAUUAGUAAGCACAGUAAGUUUAUGAUUGUUUAGCCAAACUUCCGCUGCUGUUGAGUAAGUAUUUGAAAAUGGAUUGGACACCGAAAAAAGCAGAUUUCACACGAGAGGAAAUCAAGUUGUUUGAAUCCAAUGCAGUAAAUGGUGCAAUAAGGCAUUAUAGUUUGGAAGAAAUUAUAAGCAAUAGUGAAAAGUUUCCUAUCAAGUUUCCCGUGGAUUCUGGAAGACUGGCAACAUUAUUAAAGAAGGAUGUUUCUGAAGAACUCACCAAAAACAUCAAUUCAGUAUAUCCAUUUAUUCACGAGACAGUAUUGGGGUUGUAUGUGAAAUUCAUAAUCUUCAAACGAACUUAUGGAACCCUCAUCGAGAAACAGUUCUAUGAAUUCAUGACUCUGAAUGAAUUCGUUGACCGAUUGCUGAAGAAACGGGCAGUAAUGUUUAUGGGGAAAAAUGAUAAAUACAUAUUGCUUGAUGGAGAAAGAGGUGCAAGUAAAUGGGAAACUAUCGGUACAACCGAAGAAAAAGCUCCACUAACUCUGGAAAAAUGUUUGAGUUAUGACGAGAUUAAACUAUCAGCUUUUUUGUAUGUGAGUUCUUAUACGCAUUUCGUGAAUAAAGGCGACAGAAAAAAUAAAGCGGUAUAUCUGCAGAAUAGAGCUUUGGUUGAAAAAACCGGAAUAAUCGCUGGUAUGAUUGGGCCUCGGCUCAAAAAACAAGGAGUUAUGGAUUUUCAAGAGAUGGUAAUCACCGAAAAACAGAACAAGAAAUCAAAUGGCUAUGGAAACGUAGGUUCAAUCCAUACACUCUUCGCUAAUUUCUUCGAAGGGGAAAGUCUCCUCUACAGUGAAGCGGUUCAAAGAAGAAAGUCGGGGGCUGAAACCGACCGAUUUGUCGAUAUCAAAACCCCAAAAGGGGCAAUAUUCGAUAAUCAUAUUUACCGCAAAAGAUUGACCAUAGUGUUUGAUUGCCUUUUGAUUGAAGCCAACCAAAGAGCUUUGGAAGCGGGCAAAAUGGCGUACAUUCACUUAGUCGGUUUAGGUUUAGGCGUCUGGAAAACUUCCGACCAUCAAGAAAAAGUUUUUAUGGACUGCUUUAGCAAUCGUAUCAAAACCCUAUCGAAACAGUUGUCUUCUGUGAGCGACAUUUGCUUUUCGUACUUCAAAGAAGCAUCCUGCGGUGAUUUAGUCCAUGGAAACACAAUUCCAAUAGAAAAUCAUCCCAAGAAGGGCAUUAAAAUCCAUAUAUUUAACAGACAACCGCACGAAGCACUAAACGAUGAAGGCAAAUUGUUGGUAGUUUCGUACGCUUGGGAUGGAAACGCUUAUCCAGGCAACGAAUAUUGGAACGGGCAACUUGGAAGCAGUGGAGAUUCGGCAGCUGCAUCUUCCACACAGGUCACAGAACUGCAUAAUCCUCAAAUUAACCCCCUGGUUUGUGCAGACAAUUUGAGGAUAGUUUCUGUGAAAGGAAAACUAUUGCGGUUGGAACGGUAUCUCGAAAAGAAACGGAAUUUGAAAAGAAAGCGUGAAGAGCUUCUUGAAGAUGACUAAAGAAGAUGCUGGAGCGCUUUACUUAUUAAUGAUGAAUUUAAUCAAAAUAUUGUUUGUAUUCUUAAUGUAAUUAACCAGUAGGUGAUUAAUUUGCACUAAGAAAAUUAAAUACUACUUAGAUGACAACAAAUAUAUGUUAAGAUAUAUAUAUGAAUUUUCAAGAUUAAAUAAUUGUAUGUAUAGCUGGAAAAUGGGAUUAGAUAAUUAAUCAUCACAUUGUUCAGUUGAGAAUAAAUUGCAGGAACAGUUUAUUUUUGCAGUUAAAAAUUGUAUGGGAGUUAAGUUGCAUAAUAAACUAUUUUGUAACUUAAGACAA